AUUUCGACUAGAUAAAUACGAGCUAUUUUUAAAAUAAAAUAAAAUUCAUUUUUAAAGUUAUCUUAAAAAUGACUGUUUUACCAUGAAAAUAAACAGCGUACCUUAUUAGAAAUUUUCAAUAAAAUAUCACGAAAUAUUACGAAUGUUUUAUAUCACCAAAUGUGCACAAUAAAAAUUUCCUACCAAUAUAUCUGAAAUUAUAAAUGGUAAUCUAAUAUAGAUUUAUUUAUUAUAUUCAAUAUUGUUUUCUUUUGGAAGUAUUUUAACUUUUAUUAGCAAAUAUAUCUUUAACAGUUAGUGUUUUUUGUUUUUUCUUAUCACAAUUGUUUUGAUAAUAAUAUAAAAAAUAUCAGUUAUUAUUUCGAUUUUGAAAAUUUUCAACAAAAUUUAUCAUCACAAUACUUUAAAUAUUUAUUAAACAUUUAAUAUUAUCUGAAAUAAUUAUCAUCGUAUGGGAAAAUGAUAUGUCAACACAACCCAUUUUAACAGUGAAUAACAGACAUAUGUAUAAUUCUAAAUCUUGAAUUUAAAGAGUUCUCUCGACCAAAAAAAACUAAUGAAACCUUCUCACUAAUACUUUUUUCGUAUAGUGACCACGAAAAAUUCAGAUUAUUUUCAAUACAUCUAUAAAUAAAACUUCAAUAGCAUCGUUAAUUGUUAUUUUUAUUGUUUGAUAGUACUAAUUAAUUACUUGAAAUAAAGUUUAUACAAAUUAUAACACUACUGUUUUUUGUGGAACUCACAUGUAUUUUCGAAGAAAAUAGUGAGUGGAAGUUUUAAAUCGAGAUUUUGCGGCUCCCCUCCCCCUCUCCCUAUCCUCCAUAGGCCCCCACCAUUACAGCCCCAUAGACCUUCGUUUCGGAGCUAUGACCGAUUUACUGGAUUUUCGGCCCAUAGCGAGGUAUUUAGAAAGAAAUUGAAUGACAAAAUUUUGACCUGAUGCCUUGCCAUGGGCCGAAAAUCCAGUAAAUCGAUCAUAGCUCCGGAAGGAAGACCUAUGAGGACUUGUCCUUUUUGACGUUUUUCUAGUCUCACUAGGUCCUACCUAUGGACAAAAUAUCACUGUAAUCACUUGGUGAAGUUUCCUCGUAAGUAUCAUUUUACUUGAGACAUAUACUAGUCGGUAAAGCUUGAAACUCUGAGUCUACUGAAUCUCACUCUGAUCUCUUCGGAGAAAAAAAGUAUCACGAAAAUAAAAAGUAAAAAACGUUUUUUAGAAUGAUGUGUCUUGAAUAGAAUCCGAAGCCGGUUCAACCGUAGUUUCAUACUCUCAAUGAAAUUUUCUAAUCCGAAAUGGAUAGUCAUCCCCGAAGAUACGAGAUAUAUCUCUGCUUCAUAUUUUUAACUGACUAAAUCCAUCAGGCAUUUACCACAGUUUCAUCUAAUGUCAUUUUUCGAGAAUAUCUAUUUGUUUGAACUUUAUCGACUAAUAUUAUUUUCAAGUAAAAUGAACGUAUUUUAUUAAUACUUCUAUUUAAAUAAAUCCUGAUUGUUUUGCUUAUAGAUAUUGGGAUGGUGAUCAUAAAAAAUAUGUAACUAUUUUAUUUAAUGAUGAAGUUCAUACAUAUGAUCAAGUCAUACAUGUUUAGUUGAUCGUCAAGGUCGUACAGCUAUACGUAUUGGUACAAUGGAACAAUGUCGUCAUGUACAACAAACAAUACGUAUACAAAAACUUUUAAAUUAUUUACAAAAUAUUAUUGAAAUAUCUGAUGGUUUUCGUCGAAUAUUUUGUGAAUGUGAAAUUGAAUGUGAUGAUGAAUUAGAUGAUAUAACACGUACAGAAAAAGUUUUAUUAAGUGAAAAAAUGCUGUGGAAAAGUGCACGAUCAGCUUUACAUGAAAUUUUUAUUAAUAGUUUUUUUAUGGAUUCAGAAUGGAAAAAAACUUUUGGAAUUUUGUAUAUGAAAGCAAAAUAUUUAAUCUCAUCACAUAAUGCAUUUGAAACAAUCGUAGAUUCAUUUCUUGAAUAUUGUCAAUCAAAACUUGAUCAUAGUAAACUUUUAUUUUCAAGAGCAACAAAUGCAUCAAUACAACAUCAAUUUCGACGUGCACAAUCAAUUCUUUAUGAUUUAAAAUAUUUAUUAGGUGUUGCACCUCAAGAAUAUACAACUGAACUUCGAGAAAAUUUUCUCAAUGGUUUUCGAGCAUUUCUUCAAUUAUUAACUUAUAUGCAUGGAAAUAGAUUUUUUUUUUCUUCUAUUCAAAACUUUUUAUUUGUGGAAUUCACAUGA